GGCCGGUGCCAGCAAGGGGGGAGGAGGAGCUUCCUCCCCUCAUUUCCCUGCAGCAGACCAGCAGUCAGGCCCUCCUCCAGGGGGCUGUGGAAAGGCCUGCAGCAGGGUCCUCGUGUCACCAAGUCAGACCUGAACCUGCUGCAGCUGAUCAAAGCAGGGAAGGAGGGGGUCUUCUACCAGGCCAGGAUGACCAGAGGGACAUGUAAAGGCCACAACAUGUUCACCUGCAAGAUCAGCAAGGAAGGUGUCCGUCCAAAGCAUGUGGACACGGAGAUUUCCAUCAUGAGGAAACUGGUGCACCACAAGAACAUCCUCCAGUUACUGGAGUGGAACACCACUGAGGAGCCUUACAUUCUGAUCAUGGACCAUGUGAGCUGCGGCACUCUGAGGACCUUCCUGCAGACCAACAGAGUCCACCUGAGUGCAGACCCUGAGCUGCACAGCCUCCUCACCAUUGCCUCCUACCACAUCGCUCUGGCCAUGCAGCACCUGCGCUCCAAAAUGAUUGUGCACUGUGACUUGGCUCUGAGGAACAUCUUGGUCAAUAAGUUUCCCUGGGAAGUGAAAGUAGCGGAGUUCGGCCUGGCUCGAGACUUAACACGCAUGACCAGCCGCCGCCGCAGCAGCCGCUGGAGAAACCCACGGCAGCGGGUGCCGCUGCGCUGGUACCCACCUGAGUACUUCAAGAACAACUAUUACUGCUUCAAGGGGGACGUGUGGUCAUUUGGCAUCGUGCUGUGGGAGAUGCAGACAUUUGGUGCACUGCCAUACCCAAACCUUGAGACCUCAGAGGAAGUGGUGUACCACAUCUGUAUUGGUCAGAAGAACACAGACCCUGAAGGCUGCAGUCCAGAGAUACUUCAUAUCAUGCGAGAAUGUUGGCUGGCGCUGUACACCUUGAGACCCUCGUUCACUGACAUUGUCUGCAUGCUGGAGAACAUCAUAGAAAACGACGCGGAUUAUGUGGAUGUUGAGAGUCCUCAGCUUUUGGUGAAAGAUGAGGCUGAAUAUCAGGAAGCUAAAUGUCUACAGGCAGCCAGCAUCAUUGUGGAAGAUAAGAGUCCCAUCUAAAUACAUCAGGCAUCAGAAGAGGCACAAUUCUGAA